UCGAGCUCGGAGCGGUUUUUCCUGUGAGGCCAGCUGCGAACCGGCAUCAUGAAGUGGUUGGUGGUAGUCUUGCUCUGCCUCCCACUCUUGGAGGCAUCUUUGCUCAGGGUCCCCCUGAAGAAAAUGAAGACUAUCCGUGAGACCAUGAAGGAAAAGGGUUUGCUCAAAGAUUUUCUGAAGACCCACAAGUAUGACCCCGGCCAGAAGUACAACUUUAACAACUUUGGUAGCUUCAGUGUCCUCUAUGAGCCCAUGGCUUACAUGGAUGCUUCCUACUUUGGCGAGAUCAGCAUCGGGACUCCACCCCAGAACUUCCUGGUCCUUUUCGACACUGGCUCCUCCAACCUCUGGGUACCUUCUGUCUACUGCCAGAGCCAGGCCUGCACCACACAUCCCCGCUACAACCCCAGCGACUCCUCCACCUACUACACCGAAGGACAGACCUUCUCUCUGCAGUACGGCACCGGGAGCCUCACUGGCUUCUUCGGCUAUGACACUCUGACUGUCCAAGGCAUCAAGGUCCCCAACCAGGAGUUUGGCCUGAGUGAGAACGAGCCGGGUACCAAUUUCGUCUAUGCACAAUUCGAUGGUAUCAUGGGCCUGGCCUACCCCGGCCUGUCUGCAGGGGGCGCCACCACUGCCUUGCAGGGCUUGCUGCAGGAGGGCGCUCUCUCCCAGCCCCUCUUCGGCGUCUACCUUGGCAGGCAGCAGGGAUCUGAGGGUGGACAGAUCGUCUUUGGAGGUGUGGACGAGAACCUGUACACUGGGGAGAUCACCUGGGUUCCUGUCACUCGGGAGCUGUACUGGCAGAUCAGCAUCGAUGAGUUCCUUAUUGAUGACCAGGCCACCGGCUGGUGUUCCCAAGGCUGUCAAGGCAUUGUCGACACAGGCACCUCUCUGCUCACCAUGCCCUCCCAGUACCUGAGCGAACUUCUGCAGGCCAUUGGAGCCCAGGAAGAAUACGGACAGUAUUUCGUGAGCUGUGACAGCGUCAGCAGCCUGCCGACAUUCAGCUUUGUCCUCAACGGUGUCCAGUUCCCUCUGUCACCCUCCUUCUACAUCAUCCAGGAGGAUGGCUACUGCAUGGUGGGCCUCGAGACCACUCCUCUGAAUGAGAACGGCCAGCCCUUCUGGAUCCUUGGGGAUGUCUUCCUCAGGUCUUACUAUGCCAUCUUCGACAUUGGCAACAACAUGGUGGGCUUUGCCACUGCUGUCUAGACCUGCCGUCUAGACGCCCAUAUGCCCUCCUUCCUCUCAGCCCUCCCCCUCUGUCCUUCCUCUCUGCUUCCAGCUUUCCUUUUCUGGACCACAGACUUUCUCUAAUAAUAAAGAGUUCUCCAUAUUGA